AUGCUUGCCAACGCACCGCCUCUCAUGGAAUGGAUAGGUAUGUCUUGUGAGGAAUGCUGGCCCGCGGCCACACGCAUCAUCCAGGCCUUGACCAAGUGGCCCGGUCCGCCGUGGCUACCCAGCCGGACCGGUCACAAUCUUGCCAACGGGACAUCUGGUACGUUCUUCGAGACUCUGGAGAACGAUCCCGCUCGAUCUCAGCGCUUCGCUAUUUCGAUGAGCGUCAUGCAAAACUUCCCAGGAUGGGAACCAAAAGCUGUGUUGGAAGUCUACGACUGGGGUGCUUUAGACGCCGACGCUGUUGUUGUCGAUGUUGGCGGUGGGGACGGAACAUUUGCUAUGGCUCUUGCCGAGCGACACCCGAAACUGAAGCACAUCAUCGUCCAAGAUGUUGCAGCUACUGUAGAGAGGGCAUCAAGCUUGAGUCCCCAGCAGGAGGGCGACGUGAUCUCGUUCCAAACGCACGACUUUUUCCAUGCCCAGCCCGUGAAGCACGCCGACGUCUACUUCCUUCGCAAGAUCCUACAUGACUGGCCGGAUGACUAUGCCGUCAAGAUCUUGCAGCAGCUGGUUCCAGCUAUGAAGCCCGGCGCACGGGUUUUCAUCAAUGACCACUAUAUGCCACCGCCAGGCACUAUGACUGCGUACAACGAAUGGUCUGCCAGUAAGGAAAGGACCGAGUCUCAGACGUCUGAUCCCGUCCUCAUGAAAAUCCAUAACGCCUUUAAGGCUUUCGGAGCCGCCACGGGCAUCCUUCGCGCGGACUUCUUCAGAGCACUUAUCAGCGAUUCGAAUUAUGGCACCCACACCAAGGUUAAAACCGCGGAUGGUGUUCCUUUGAAGGUCGGAAUCAUAGGAGCCGGAGCGGCUGGCCUCUAUGCCGCCAUGUUGCUGGACUCGCUUGGAAUCGAUUAUGAUAUCCAUGAAGGCUCUGGUCGCAUCGGUGGCAGAAUUUACACGCAUCGGUUUGAUCAAGAAGCGUGGGACAAGGCAACGCCAGAUAAGCCAGACUACUAUGAUUAUUAUGAUGUGGGAGCCAUGCGAUUCCCGCCAAUGACACCGGGGUAUAUGGAGCGAAUACUUGGUGCCCACAACUGGAGUCUCAUUCCCUACAUCAACUCACAUCCCAAUGUGGCCAAAAAGGACCAUGUCGUCCAGAUUCCUUACAUCUUCAACACCAGCUCGACUUUCCGGCUGUUCAAUAAUGUCCUGGCUUUCAACAACGAAUCCACCAGCCCCGAUAGGUUUCACGUAAAACUGCUGCGUAACAAUGUCUCCGACCCCUUUAACGCACUUGGUUCGUCGAAUGUUUUUAGCCAAGCAACCGAUGAAUUCAUGUCAGCUCUCAGUGACUCCGAUGGAGGCCUCAACACCAAGGGAUGGGACCACCUGAUGGAUUAUGACUCGCUGUCCGUGCGAGCUUAUUUACUCGCGCAAGGCUUCACGAUGGAUGAGAUAGACUGGCUAGAGACUAUGAAUGAUGCCACUGGGCACUAUGACAUGUACAGUUUACCGCAAUCCAUCCUCGAAGAAUGGGUUUUCCAGGGCACCGGUACGGAAAAUUGGACUUGUAUCCGCGGUGGUAUGGAUAUGCUCACAAAAGGGAUGACCCUGGUUCUCAAAAGAAAACCAAAGAUGCACAACAAGGUUACUGAUAUCAGAGCUGGGAAUAAGGGCGCUCUCAAGGUCAUCGUCAACCAUACAGUUGAGCACGAAUAUGCCCACGUGAUCUCCACCGUGCCACUAGGUCCUCUGCAAGCUAUCAACACGACGGAACUUAAGCUCGGAUACUUCCGAAACAACGCCAUCAGGACAUUGAACUACGACCCAAGCACCAAGAUCGGGAUCAAGUUCAAGACACGAUGGUGGGAGAAUCUUACCAGUGGGGCCUUCCAAGGGGGGCAAUCAUUCACGGAUCUUCCCAUCAGGCGAGCUGUAUAUCCCUCAUAUGGGCUCAACAUCAAAAGUGCUCCGGGCACGAUGAUUGCCUCCUAUGUGUGGGGCCAGGACGCCUCCAGGCUGGGUGCUUACCUCAACGCCCACAAUCCCAAGACACAAGCACCAUUCCAGCCUGAGGGUUUCAAGGAGCUUACUGAGCUCACCCUGCGAGACUUGGCUGCAUUGAAUAAUGUCUCCUACCACUUCCUGCGUGAGCAAUUCGUGGGUAUUCAUGCCUAUGAUUGGUACCAGUCUGAGUUCUCGAACGGUGCUUUCGCCAUCUUUGGACCGGGCGAGUUCAGCACUGUGAUGCCUCGCCUGAUGACUCCAGCGUGGAACGGGCACUUGCAUUUUGGCGGCGAAGCCUUGAGUUCUGGCCACGCGUGGAUCAUAGGGGCUAUCAAUUCUGCGUGGAGAAAUGUGAUGGAGAUCCUGGACACCGAAGGGCUGGAACAUAAGGCGAAGGAACUGAUUUCGAUGUGGGGAGGUCCAAUUGAUGAUGUUGAUAUGGGCUGGUAUAAUUUCAACACUAUGGGGUGGACCGAGUACGGCGUGCAGAUUGAUCUUGUGAGGCCAGAACCGCAGUAA